AUGACUGACCGCUACGCAGAUAUCAACCAACUACCUCGCCCAGAAAACCGGCCUUGGCAAUCCGAACGUCCAAUUUUCACACGCAUGGUUCAACGCAUGACUCAGAUUUUUGCCUCGGGAAUCACGCUUAUUGAGGGGAGUUACUUGGAUUCCUUUGAGAAAACGACAAGAGAGAUAUAA